CGUUAGAUUCGUUAAGACAGCUGCAUUCAAGUUCUUUCAGACAGCAUUGUCUGUCUUUCAAAACGACCCUCGGCUGGUGUAUUUGCGAAAAUAUAUAUGCUUAUUUUUUUGCGACUAACGCGCCAUCGUAAAUCUUACUGGAAGGCAUGGAGGUUUAAUAAUUAAACUGCAACCGCACCGUACGGGUGUGACCGUGUUUGGCGGUCAAAGGGUUACAACAGACACAAAGUAAAAGACAAAUGCAAUCACCUAGAACUAUUUUAUUAGAAUUCGGCGUUUCGGCAAUCACUUUUCGUUCAUGGUUGCGUAAUAAACCAAUAUCAAUGGAUAGUAAAUGAAGAUUCAUAAUAAGUUUAUGACAAAUUCUCAGUGUCCAAUUAAGUUUACAGAUUCCUUUAACUCGCGCUGACACUAAAUGAAACAAGUUGACAGGUUACAUUUUAAAGUAAUAGGGUCUAAAGACCCACCGCGAAGAACGAAGAUAGAAAUCUAUUUAUCUGCCUCUCUAUCACUCGAACGCGCAAGAGCGAUAAAACAUUUUUUUUUUUUCAAUAAAUUUAAUUAGAUUUUCGUUAUCCGCACAGUUUGAGAUGGAGUGUUGGAAUGUGUAUUCUGUAUGUACUCAUUGAAUAUAGGAUACGUCUACUUAUUUUAGCUGUCACGAGAAGUAUUAUCACCAAACAGUUGCUAAUGGUUGACCGAUGAUAAAAAGUAAACGGCUAAUUCUACGAAUGCACGGACGGCGAGGUCGAGCCACGACGAGACUGACGUCAGAUAGCUCGGGAAACCCGGCCCACAGCACGACCACUACGACCAGUGGUCUAGAGAACACACUUCAUGGAACCGGCCGUUACUCACGAUCCGUGCGGUCUCUCAUUUAUGCACACUGUAAUUUAUUUUAUUAUUUUAUUAAAGUAUCCUCAAAAAGAGACACAAGAUACUCGCGCAUGGAGUGUGAGGGAGACAUUAAUAAUAAUAAGUAAUUAGUUAUAAACAUUAUCACAUGUAACGCGUGUAAACAGGGUUUCGCGCAGAUUAUGUUUAUCGCCGGAGUGAAGUCAGUCGCGUUCUGAGACCGGCGCAGAGACAUUGUGUGUGAGUCAUUGUGAUUCGUUAAAGUGAUGUGGUCGCCCAGUGACCAGGGCAUGUCCAGCUCGGAGAUGGCGGUGGUGUCGAGCAUGCCACCCACGGAGCUGGCGGCUCGGACGACGCCCGUGGUGUCCACCAUGAACAUCACCAGGUCGUCACGGGUGCACAUAGGCCCGAAGUUCGUCUCGGUCACGCAGAACGUGGAGAACGCUGAGCUGGUAAAGGGCCGAAUACUGGGCCUAGAGUUGGUGGCGCCGGUGAAAUCUAACGGCCUCCGCUGUAGCGUCGCCGUGUUUGUUUGCUGGGCCCUCGUGGUGGCCGUCGGCCUCGGCCUCUACCUCUUCCAACUCGCCACCAAGCCCACCAGAAUAGACCUAGGUCUGAAUGAAACCUGGUAUUUCCGGCGUGACGAUUGGCAAGCGAUGCCUCCGUACAACACAGACUACCUGUCCCUGCCAGUCCACAACGUUGUAAUAGGCCACACGGGCGCGGGCUACUGUAACCAGACUCGCCGCUGCAUUGAAGCAAUGCUAGCAACACAACAAGACAAUCUACGAAGAGAUUUUGACGAUAUCGUCCCUAACUUUUUAAUCGGCGGUGAAGGAACGGUCUUCGAAGGACGAGGAGCAAACGUCGUAGGGGCAAUGGUGAAGGGUUACAACUCAAAGAGUAUAAGCAUCAUGUUCAUGGGAGACUACAAUACAGAUAUGACAGCUGAUAUCCAGUUUACACACUUGAAGAUUCUGAUAGAGCAGCUCGUGAAGGAUGGCGUGCUGGACCCAGACUACGUGGUGCACGGCCAGUGCCAGUUGUCGCCGGACACGGUGCAGCCGGGGCGACACGUGUUGGACCACUUACACAAAGUGCCGCAUUGGAAUCCCGCAAACACAGAACAUUGUCUUAAAUAUUUUAGGACUUCGUGUACGUCGUUGGAACGUCUUCUGGAGGCUGAGGAAAGCGAAACAGAGUUCGAUAGUUGGCGCGAGUAUCAAGAACACAUACGUAACCCUACACCGGCAACGUACUCUUGCCCGCUGUACGUGUGGACGGUGGUGCGCAACACGUCGCGCGCGGAGCGGCUCUCGUGCGCGUGCGCUGCGCUCGCGCUGGUACUUUGCACGGCGCUCAUACUCUACUUCACGCUCGUGGUCAAGAGGGGCGAGCUCAACGUCGUCGAUAGAGCCCCUCACGAGUGGAACAUCACCCGCGAAGACUGGCUGGCGCGCGACAUGACGGGCAACAACACGGUGGCACGAUUUGCACCGCUCAAGCUGGUGGUGGUGCAACACACCGUCAGCCCCGAGUGCCACCGGUUCACUAACUGCGCUGCAGAACUGCGGAACUUGCAGAAUUACUUCUUGGAGUCGAAGCAUCUUGGAUACGAUAUACCAUACAACUUCUUGAUCGGAAACGACGGGCGCGUGUACCAAGGCCGCGGUUGGAACCGAGAGGGCGCGCACACGCUUGGCUUCAAUCGGUGCUCGCUUGGCGUCGCUUUUAUAGGAGACUACAGGGAAGAGUUGUCCAUCCACAGCCGCGUGACUGAUCUCCAGCUGCAGCGGUUCAACAUGCUUCUGGAAGACGGCGUGACUCUGGGUUUUCUCCGCCCGGACUACUCCAUCGUCCCUGCUAAAGACAUCCAGAAUAGCGCGAGCCCCGGGAGCAACCUCUACCGCGCUUUACAGAAAUUAGAUCACUAUGAGAAAAUCCAUAGCUUUAGGGACAUGAGCUGUGUGGCAAUAUACGAUAAAUUAGGUUUACCUUAUCAGUUAUGAAUUAGUUUGUAAAUAUAUGACUUUUAUACUACCAAUAAUAAAUUAAUUAUAAAACUCUGCGA